GAGUAUAGGCUCAGCAGUUUCGCAGCGUUGCCUCGCACGCUCGGACGCGGACGAGUCUCUCGCAUCUAGGCAUAAACGAAUGCAGUGCCGAGCGCGCAACAAGUAGCAGCUAGCCCCCCUUAUACCGUGUGCGUGCGCCACUCGCACGCGAUUACUCAUCGUCUUUCCUUCCAUCAGGUAAAUCUCGCAGUCUUUCUCCAUUCUCUCCGCGAUUAUUAUACGCAUUAUUUUCUCGCCGUGCGGCUAUAUAUCCUUUCUCUUCGUGUGCACACACGCAUCUUCGCUCUCGCAGCGUGAUGCUGCAGCCUCUCUCUCUCUCUCUCCUCUCUCGAUCCUCCAAGCAUCUAUGCAUAUAUAUACUACAACGCGCGUUGUGCACUACUGUAGUAGGGCUAUAGCUGUACACACUGAGUGGGAGCCACUCGGAGGACUCUUUCGAGGGCGCGCAUCGAUCGCCAUCGCGGCUACUGCGCGAAAAUAAACAAUUCCUCUCACGCGUAAAAUCCCCGAACUCGGUUCUCAUUGUCGUCUACGCCGCGCACCGGCGCGUCCGAGUAUAUGUAUAUACACAUCAUCGUAAGCGUCGCGCAUACAAACAAGGCGCCGUAGCUAUUUUUCCCCUGCUGUGUUGUAUGCUUAAUUAAUAAGCGAGUAUAACUUACUCGCACUCUCGGCUGACAAUCGGCCUGUGACAGUUCUCUCUCGUCGAGUUUGUCGCGCGCGCGCUGCUUAUCAGCGAUAUCUGCGCUUAUACGGCCGAAGCAGGAAGUCGGCCGCCAGUAAGUGAUCCGCUCCGCCGCGCGACGGACCAGUUUCCUUCUUCUCUCGUGUACUACACACUUGUAAUAGUGUUGUGACUGUAUGUACACGCACUUACACGAGCGUCUCGGAGGCUCUGCGACGACACUUAUUAUUUGUUUAUCUCGAGGGCGGCGAAUUUCGUAUAUUACACGAUUGAUCGCUCUGAGAUAUCCCUUCGCGCGCGAUAACGAGCUGGGUGUCAUAAAAAUACCGAAGAUCGCCUGUUGUGUGUUACAAUAUAACAGACUUAUCUCGGGGAUAAAAAAAAAAAACUAUGCCGAGUCACAUAUAUAAUGUACAGCGCUUUUUCGUGCUAGCCAGUGAUCGUUGACUCCUCGUCGUUGCUGCUGCUGCUGCUGCUGCGGCUUCGUCUUCUUUUGUUGUGUUCUUACACUUGCAUACAUAUAUACACAUCGCGCUCUCUGACUUGCGCUCGAUUUAUCGGUAUCAUUAUGUUAUGCGCGCGAUGAGAAGCGCAAAGCCGACCGUUACUGCCGAAUCUCCAAUUCGAAUUGAAUGACAGAAUGAUACCGAGGAAACGACUGCAGGUACUCCUGUACAUAUUGCAGAUAUUCUACGUGUUUGGAGAUGGAGACCCAGGAAGCGAUGGUUUGCUGCUCAAAGAUCUGCCGAAUAAUGUUAUAGAUGAGCCUGCUUUUACUUCGACGACGACGACGACGACGCCGCCGCCGCCGCCGCCUGAACUGAUUGAUCAUCAUAAAUCGCUAAAUAGCUCUCAGAAGAUUUAUAACAGUUCAGAUUAUGGACAAAAGGAGGAGGACAGUCUUGAUACUCGUGAAAAUGUCGUUGUAACUGACAAGCCGGAUCUCUCUAAUUCUAAUAGAAUAACGUAUGUCGAAGGACUGGAAGUAGCUAGAGGGCCGACUUUUUUGAAUGUGUCAUGGAUCAGCUCUGGUGCUGAUGAAUAUGAGAUAAAAGUUUGGACCGAGGAAGAGUUUUUAGAUACUUAUUGGUCAAAGAAAUCCGAGUACUCUAUAACGGGAUUAGAACCCUGUCGGGAGUACAGAAUAGGUGUGACUCCUAUGCCAACACACGAGAAUGAUGCGGAAUUCAUUAAUACUACGACUGAGUUUGAAGAACCUGGACCAGUAGGAAACGUCAAUUUGACGUUGCAAGAGCCCUUUUCAUUAGUAGUAAGAUGGGACAUGCCUGAAAAUGCAAACAGAUGCAUACAAGAGUACAAAAUCAUUGCUGAUACUGUGGAUAUUUAUAACAGGCACACUGUAACUAAUUAUACAACCGAAACUAAGUUUGUUUUUGAAAAUUUGCGAUCUUGCUUCAAAUAUUGGGUAUCAGUAUCCGUGAUUGAUAUAACAAACAAAACUGCAUCCACGACAAAUCCAAUUGAAUCUGUUUUGCCCAUUUAUCCAAAAGUGGCUUCUGCACCUUGGCUUAACAUAUCCGAUGUGAGAACUAUCAACACUACAAAGGAAUCAAUAACUUUAAUUUGGGACGUGAAAAAUAACGAGGACAACUGUACUUUGAAAGAAGUAAUUAGCACCUGUCAUUAUAAUUACACUAGUGGUGGUGGUAUCAGUAUAAUAGCCAAUGGAACAUCCAAAAUUGAGAUAACCGACAGAUUAAUAGAAAACGUCACUACGACUAUUAAGAAUCUUAGUCCUUAUAGUCACUAUGUGUGCACUGCUUACUCUAUCAAUGAAAAAGGUGACAGUCCGUUGAGCGAACCCGUUUACGUUCUAACCAGUGAGGAUAGACCAUCGACGCCGCAAAAUUUUCAAUCGCUUGGUAGAGAAAAUUCAAAACUUUGGUUCAUAUGGGAUCCACCAAGGUAUAGACCGGGAAAGUUACUAGGCUACAGAAUAAAUUUUACUUGGGUCCCCUGCUCGCCGGUACCUGAUGGUUGUACAUUAAAGAGAGAAUUCGUUGUCGAUAACAUUGAUCCAACACUGACUAAAUACAGCUUGAUGAAAGAAGAAGCCUAUUCUCAGUAUACUGCAAGGAUAGAAGCCAAAACUGGUGGUGGCUGGAGUCCAAGCGUAGAGAUCAAAUUUUACAGCAUAACACAAGGGGUACCUGAUAAAGUAACCAAUCUGACGAUCACGAUCAAGCGUCGAGACGACGAUCCGAAUGCUCUGGAUACACAACUCAGUUGGGGUUUACCUUGUUCUCUACAAGGAAUCCUACAUCGCUUUAAUGUUUCCGUUUACGGUACGAGGUCGGGUUUAGAGAAUCACACUAUAACCACGGAGGUAAACGUUACGGAUGACUUUGACAAGAACGAGAUAUUUGUCUUGGAUUUGGGUGAACUGAAGCCACUUUAUACAUACAAAUUUGAAGUAUUCGCCGAGGUCUACAGCUCGACUGAUUCUGGGGAAAUCGCUGAUCUCGAAUAUAAAUAUCCUGCCGGAAUCCCACCGCAGCCAGAGAUGGAAUACAUUAAAUCCAUUACGUUGGAUCCGCAUAAAGCUCGACGAACGACGACUUCCGCAGCAAUCCUAUUGCCUCUCUUUCCUGACGCAAACGGAGACAUCAAGUACUACGCAAUCAUGGUAUCGGGCGUUCCUUUCGAUAAUUCAUCUUCGUCUGGGCGAUUCGACAUUCAAGCCGAAAGAUGGCCGAACGUUUCGUCCUGGGAGGAAGCGAUGGAAAAAGACUUUCAGAUACCUUAUCAAGCUACAGAACCACUUUGGAAUCCCUUUCCGAGCUUCGUGGUAGAUUACGGUCACAUGAAAGCGGUCAAGUUUGUCGUCGGCGAGGACACAACCUGUCCCGACGUUUCGUCCAACACUAAGACCAGGGCUUACUGCAACGGUCCGCUAAAGUCUGAUACCUGGUACGAGGUACGGAUGCGCGCGUUCACCGAUCAGGGCUACGCCGAUUCCGUUUCAUUCACCAUCAAAACUAACGCCGAACUGAACGUGGGACUAGUCCUCGGAGUCGUGUUUGGUAUCCUCUUCAUCGGCAUUCUGACGACCCUGAUGUUGCUGGUCAAGCGCUGCUCUUUUAGACUAUUGCUACAGAGGAUUUUGCAGUCCAACAUACCCGAGUCGCCGGUGCCGGAUCCGUUUACGCGCAGGAAGUUCAUAAAUCACUGUCAGCAGUUGGCCGAAAAUCCUGGAAAGCUCAGCAAUGAAUUUCAACUGCUGCAGACUCUCAGUGUUGAUCUGCAGAUGCCGAGCAAUGCCGCAUGUUUACAGGCCAACAGAAAGAAGAACCGUUACUCUGACAUCUUGCCGUAUGAUUUUUCGAGGGUGAAGCUCGAGGUUAUCGACAAUGAUCCAAACACUGACUACAUCAACGCUUCUUUUAUUCGGGGCUAUUCUGGUAAUGAAGAGUACAUUGCAUGCCAGGGUCCGAAGGAAGAUACGACCUAUGAUUUCUGGCGGAUGAUCGACCAGUAUGAUGUCAAAAUGAUUUUAAUGCUCACACAAUUGGUGGAAAAAGGAAAAGAAAAGUGUCAUCAGUACUAUCCAACUAUAAGGGAAACCUUUAAUUACGAAAAAUUAUCAAUCAGAUGCACAAGUGAGCUGGAUUAUCGAAAUUUCACACAACGUACCUUGGUGUUGCAAAAAGAUGACAAGAGACGUACAAUAACUCAUCUUCAUUUCAAAGACUGGCCGGAUCACGAUGUUCCUGACGAUUUUGAUGCCAUGAUUCAUUUUUGCCAAAUAUUCCGCAAACAAUUUUCGACUGUUAAAGGACUAGCCGUUAUUCAUUGCAGCGCCGGGAUUGGAAGGACUGGAACGCUAAUUGCCAUAGAUAUUUUACUUCAGUCAAUCAGAGACAAUAGAAAGUUAGAUGUGUUUGGAACCGUUUAUAGAUUGAGAAGGCAUCGUUUGAACAUGGUGCAACGAGAGAGUCAAUAUGCUUACAUUUAUAAUUGCAUAAGACAGGUGUUAAAGAAUCCAUAUUUCUUAAAAACAUAUAAACCACCACCCAUAGAUCCAAUAUAUUCUAAAGACAAAACGAAGAAAGAUCGGAGUGAUUCGAAUACAGACUUGGUUGACAGCUUUGAUACUCUUAAAAAAAAUAGUUUGUCUACUUCAAUUGAUUCAAUGCAACCAUUAUGUCAAUCAUCACCACAAACUACGCCCAAGAUUCAGAUGAAUGUUUUGUUCGCAGGCUUAAGAUACUGUAAAUCGACAAGUGCAAUUGACACCAGAACAAACCACAAUCGAAUUGGGCGAUAUAACAGUGAGGGAUAUGCCAUUUGUGAAUCAGCGCGCGAUUCUUUUUCAACGACUAGCAAAGAAAGUACAGACGAAAAUAAUGAUCUCAAGAGUUCAAGUAGUUCUCUAUACGAGAAUGUUGAACCGCUUAUACGACCAAGUUCCAGCCAAACGAUUGCCGGAAGUAGUUAUUAUCUGACAAACGAUUCUGGUGAAAAAGAUACUUCUUUAUAAGUAAUCUACUGUGCCAAUGCAAGCUUCAUGUGAUUGGUGAUCAACUACAAGUUUCGUCAUGACAAGAUCAACUAGAUUUUAUUUAACAAGUUAUACGUGUAAAAAUAUAUAUCGCAGAAUCAAUAUUUUAGAUUGUUAAGAGAUUCGGAAGCGGCUAUGAGAAAGAGAAACACCCAAGUGCCAUCGGUGAUAGGGGCCACCGAUAUCGAUAUAUUUACUAAAGAGGAAAUUAUUUUUUGUAAUAUUUACAUUGUUUGCUUAUGCAAAAGACAGAAAAAUCUCUUGUAAACAAUCGUAAGCCUUUCGGCAAGCUCCUGAAGGAUAAUCGACUUGCCCAAACGUAGAUUUAAAUUUGUACAUAUUUUAAAGUUAUGAUUUUUUUUACAUAAUCUUAUUUAAAGUCAACGUAAUCACAAGCUAAUGUUCAAACAAUUUAUUUACACUUGAAACGCGCCGUGUAAGAGAAUUAAUCGUGUCUACUAUAUUCGUAAGAUUUUUUUUGUAUCCACAAUUUUAAUCGAACCAAAUACAUUUUAUGCGCUGUAAUAUUUCAUUUGCAGGCGCUUGACGACAAU